AUGCUUCCCGGCUGGAUGGGCUGCGCAUCAAGAGGGCAUCCUCCAGCCCGCGUGGUUCGACCAGUCCCGGAUUGGGGUCACGACAUUGGCCAGUUGGCAGCCUGUGCGCAAGGUGCCGACGGAAGUGGCGUGACCCGCACUUCACGAACAGGGCCUGGCGCAUAUUUCUGUCGCCAUGGCUCGCCAUUCUCACGGUCCAGCGAAGGCGUUGUCAUGAAGAUCCACCUUUUGCCCAAGAAGGCCAGCAGGCGCUACGAGACGCUGAACAUGCUGCUCGCCUUCUUCGACGGCCCGGAGAAGUGCCGGCUCACCGUGCCCGACGAGGCCUUGGCCUUGGAGUUUUCCGCGGUGAUGAGCUCCGAAUUCAUCCAGGAGCAAGAACAGCUCCGAAAGAAGGUCAACGCCAUGGCGAAGGUGCUUGACCUCUCCAGACCGUUGAUUGCCAUGUUGUCGGCCUUGCCCUUCAAGGCGGCCGAACACGCCAUGAACUGCUUCCAGAUUGAGGAGCGCGCACCUUGCGUCUAUGCAGCUUUGCUGCCCGACAACGACAAGGAAGAGUCAGAUCCAGGAGAAGAGGAGGUGAGGACGUUGAACCUGAGCGGCGACGUGAAGCGCACCGUGGGGAUCCUCCACAAGUGGGAGAACGAGAGGGGCUUUGGAUUCAUCCACGAUGAGAACGACACCAGCGAUCCGCCUUUGGACAUCUUCGUGCACCGCACCAACCUCAUGGGUUGCGCGCCAGGCUACCCGGUGGAUCUCCAGGAAGGCCGCCGGAUUUGCUACAUCCCGGGCUUCCAGGACGGCCGCACCCGGGCCAUGAGCGCCGCCAUGAUCGACGAGGACUUCAACGUGGACCCGGUGCAUCUGCGGCGGCCCCGCAAAGCCAAAGCGGCGGAGCAGAGCAAGGAGCGCAAGAUCGCCAAACUCAAGGAGGCCAUCGAGAGAGAGGAGCAUCCUUUGUCGAAGAGCUUCAUGCAGUUCUUGGCCACUGCGGAGAUGCAGGAAGUGAUUCAGGAGAAGCGCCAGGAGGGCGAAGCAUGGCUUCGCUGCUUGGGUUUGCUGCGGCAGCCGCCGGGGGGGAAGCGCGACGACAUCUUGUGGCGGAAGGAGAUCGAUCGGCGCGUGGACAUCUUCUUGGACCUGAAGACGUCACCGCUGACGAAGAAGGACAUCGACUACCGCUGCAAGCGCAUCCUCACAGAGUUCUGCAUGCGGAGCAGCGCGGUGCGUGUGAGCGAAGCCUUGGCCAUGGUGGAGAAGAGCACCUCAGGGAAGCGCCGGGAGGAGGUGCGCAGCUGGCCGGCCUAUGUGGCCACGUUGCUGCGCCGCUUCGACCCCGAGAUGACCGCCCAGAUGGAGAAGAAGCCCAAGGAGAAGGCGGAGCCGAAGAAGGAGAAGGAAACCAACGAGUCUCCAGGGAGGGAGGAGGAGAAGGACAGUGGCAGCAGCAGCGAGCCACCCGAGGCUUCGACCGCGCCCGCGGGCGCGGCCUUCGCCUUCCAGUGA